CCUGAAAGAUAAGAUAAACUUUCCGUUGUGUGUUUGUACAGCGGAACGGAGACUGAAUGAAGAACGGAGACGGACUGUACCAGCUUUUUCUCUCCAAAAGCGUCUGGAAGAAGAUGUGAAGAGAGUUGAUCAGAGUCAAACAUUUCACCUGAAACAAACCUGUCAUCGCUCCACCGUGGAUUUUCCAGGGACUCUACGAAGACAGAGUGAAAGAUCAAUGUGAUGAAUCAGACUCUUCACAAGGUCAAAGAUGAGCUCAGAUCCAGAAGGCCUCCUGGGAAUUCUGGAUGAUUUGGGAGAUGAAGACUUCGGAAGAUUCAAGUGGUAUUUUUGGCACGGUGGAGUUCUUAAAGGGUUCAAACCAAUCCCAAAGAGUAAACUGGAGACAUUGGACAGGGAGGGUACAGUGGAUAAGAUAUUCGACACCUACAGCGACCAAACUCUUGAAGUCACUAAAAUGGUUUUAGAGAAAAUGCAGACAAAGGGUAAAAGGGAUGAACACACCAAAAAGACCUCAGAACCUGAAGGGGAAUACCAUCCUGAAGAGGUUCAUUUGUCAGCAAAAUCUCAGGCGUGUCAGAAGAAACUCAAGUCCAACCUGAAGAGGAGGUUCCAGUGUGUGUUUGAGGGAGUCGCGAUACAAGGAAAGCCGACCCUCCUGAACCAGAUCUACACAGAGCUCUACAUCACAGAAGGAGGGACUGCAGAGGUCAAUCAGGAACAUGAGGUCUUACAGAUUGAAACAGAAUCCAGGACAGCAGACAGAGCAGAAACAAGCAUCAGACCAGGAGACAUCUUUAAAGCCCCACCUGGAAGAUCUGAACCAAUCAGAACGGUGCUGACAAAGGGAGUGGCUGGCAUUGGGAAAACAGUCCUGACACAGAAGUUCACUCUGGACUGGGCUGAAGACAAAGACAACCAGGACGUCCACUUCAUAUUUCCAUUCACCUUCAGAGAGCUGAAUGUGCUGAAGGAGAAGAACUUCAGCUUGGUGGGACUUGUUCAUCACUUCUUCAAUGAAACCAAAAAGGCAGGAAUCUGCAGCUUUGAAGAAUUCCAGGUGAUCUUCAUCUUUGAUGGUCUGGAUGAGUGUCGACUCCCUCUGAAGUUUCGUCGAGCUGAGAUCCUGACUGAUGUUACAGAGCCCACCUCAGUGGAUGUUCUGCUGAUAAACCUCAUCAGGGGGAAACUGCUUCCCUCUGCUCACAUCUGGAUCACCACACGACCUGCAGCAGCCAAUCAGAUCCCUGCUGACUGUGUGGACAUGGUGACAGAGGUCCGAGGGUUCACCGACCCCCAGAAGGAGGAGUACUUCAGGAGGAGGUUCAGAAACGAGGAGCAGGCCAGCAGGAUCAUCUCCCACAUCAAGAAAUCACGAAGCCUCCACAUCAUGUGCCACAUCCCGGUCUUCUGCUGGAUCACCGCCGCAGUUCUGGAGGAAGAGUUGGAGAACAGAGAGGGAGGAGAGCUGCCCAAGACCCUGACUCAGAUGUACAUCCACCACUUAGUCGACCAGGCUGAAAUGAACAAUGUUAAGUAUGAUGAAUACCUUGACGCAGAUGAAACCUGGAGUCCAGAGAGCAGAGAGAUGACAGAGUCUCUGGGAAAACUGGCUUUUGAUCAGCUGCAGAAAGGAAUCCUGAUCUUCUAUGAACCCGACCUGACAGAGUGUGGCAUCGAUCUCAAAGCAGCCUCAGUGUACUCAGGAAUGUUCACACAGAUCUUUAAAAAGGAGAAAGGCCACCAGAGGUCUUUGUUCUGCUUCAUCCAUCUGAGCUUUCAGGAGUUUCUGGCUGCUCUUCAUGUCCAUCAGACCUUCAUCAACUCUGGAAUCAACCUGCUGGAAGAGAAACAAACAACCAUUCAACAAUCUCGACAACAGCCUCAGCUCCACCAUCUCCAUCAGAGAGCUGUGGACAAGGCCUUGAAGAGUCCAAAUGGACACCUGGACUUGUUCCUCCGCUUCCUCCUGGGUCUUUCACUGGAGACCAAUCAGAGUCUCCUUCGAGGUCUGCUGACUCAGACAGGAAGUAGCUCACAGACCAAUCAGGAAACAGUCCAGUACAUCAAGAAGAAGCUGAAUGAGAAUCUGUCUGCAGAGAGAAGCAUCAAUCUGUUCCACUGUCUGAAUGAAAUGAAUGAUGGUUCUCUGGUGGAGGAGAUCCAACAGUCCCUGAGGUCAGGAAGUCUGUCUACAGACAGACUGUCUCCUGCUCAGUGGUCAGCUCUGGUCUUCAUCUUGCUGUCAUCAGAAGAAGAUCUGAAGGAGUUUGACCUGAAGAAAUACUCUCCUUCAGAAGAGGCUCUUCUAAACCUGCUGCCAGUGGUCAAAGCCUCCAACAAAGCUCUGUUGAGCGGCUGUGGUCUGUCAGAGAGAAGCUGUGGAGCUCUGUCCUCAGUUCUCAGCUCUCAGUCCUCCAGUCUGACACAUCUGGACCUGUGCUACAACAAUCCAGGGGAGUCAGGAGUGAAGAUGCUGUGUGGUGCAGUGGAGGAUCCACACUGCUCACUGGAGACUCUCAGGUUGGAGAACUGUGGUCUAUCAGAGAGAAGCUGUGGAGCUCUGUCCUCAGUUCUCAGCUCUCAGUCCUCCAGUCUGACACAUCUGGACCUGAGUAACAACGACCUGCAGGAUUCAGGAGUGAAGCUGAUUUCUGCUGGACUGGAGAGUUCUCACUGUAAGCUGGAAGCUCUCAGUCUGUCAGGGUGUCUGGUCUCAGAGGAAGGCUGUGCUUCUCUGGUCUCAGCUGUGAGAUCCAAGUCCUCCCAUCUGACAGAGCUGGACCUGAGCUACAACCAUCCAGGAGACUCAGGAGUCAAACUACUGUCUGCUGCUGUGGAGGAUCCACACUGCAAACUGGAGACUCUCAGAUUCAAGUUUCCAGUCUCAUCAGAGGAAGGCUGUGCUUCUCUGGUCUCAGCUGUGAGAUCCAAGUCCUCCCAUCUGACAGAGCUGGACCUGAGCUACAACCAUCCAGGAGACUCAGGAGUCAAACUACUGUCUGCUGCUGUGGAAGAUCCACACUGCAAACUGAAGACUCUCAGGUAA